AGCUGCGCACGCGCCGGCUGUUAGUGUGUUGGGAGAAUGGCGGCGUCUUCAAGCGGCGAGAAGGAGAAGGAGCGGUCGGGCGUUGGCGGUUUCGGAGCGGCGAGCGGCAACAGCACUCGCGAGCGGCUGCUUUCUGCGCUGGAAGACCUAGAGGUCUUGUCCAGAGAACUUAUAGAAAUGCUGGCAAUUUCAAGAAACCAAAAGUUGUUACAAUCUGGAGAGGAGAACCAGGUCCUGGAGUUGUUAAUUCACAGAGAUGGGGAAUUUCAAGAACUAAUGAAAUUAGCACUUAAUCAGGGGAAAAUUCAUCAUGAAAUGCAACUUUUAGAAAAAGAAGUAGAAAAGAGAGACAGUGAUAUUCAGCAACUACAAAAACAGCUAAAGGAAGCAGAACAGAUACUGGCAACAGCUGUUUACCAAGCAAAAGAGAAACUCAAGUCAAUAGAAAAAGCAAGAAAAGGUGCUAUCUCCUCUGAAGAAAUCAUUAAGUACGCACAUAGGAUUAGUGCAAGUAACGCUGUGUGUGCCCCACUGACCUGGGUCCCAGGGGACCCACGGAGGCCAUAUCCUACUGAUUUGGAGAUGAGAAGUGGAUUACUGGGUCAAAUGAAUAAUCCUUCCACUAAUGGAGUGAACGGUCAUUUACCAGGAGACGCACUUGCAGCAGGCAGGCUGCCAGAUGUUCUUGCCCCCCAGUAUCCGUGGCAGUCAAAUGAUAUGGCAAUGAAUAUGUUACCACCAAAUCACAGUAAUGACUUUUUGUUGGAGCCUCCAGGGCACAAUAAAGAAAAUGAAGAUGACGUAGAGGUCAUGUCAACAGACUCCUCAAGCAGUAGCAGUGACUCUGAUUAAAGAAAAUAUGAGAAAAAAAGCAUACAGCAUUGAAUAUUAUAGAAAUCGGCUUCUUAAACAGCAGCAAACCUUUAAAAAGCCAGGUGAUACUGGCUGUAGUGAAAGUGUGCCAUUGUUAAAAAUUAUUGUGGACUUUUUGAAGCCAAAAAUCAUGGUUUCAUUUCUGAACCACCAGGGGAAUAGAGAAAAACAAAAUUUACCGUUGGAAUAAAAAGAUUAGUCAGUUCAGUGCCAUCUUAGUUGGAGUUGUACAUAGUAGUUCUGGAAAUAAGAUUUGAGGGACAUGACCCAUGUACAUCACUAAUAGACCUCUUGGAAUUACUUUGAAAAGCGUAAACAAAAGGCAGUAGAUCGCUGAAAGUGCAACAUAGCUCAGAGUAACAGGAAACUCAUUUGAAAGUGAAGGCUGUUACAGGAGAACUUGCCUCAAUUUGUACUGUUUGUAAUUACUGUAUUUUUUGUAAAUAAAUUAACUCACUUGUUUGGAAUUUUA